AUGAAAGCCUUUAGAACUAUUGUGGACUCUAACGAAUCGUAUAGAAAAGUCCCAAAUACGUUCUUUUCAGCAAUUGGAUUGUCUUUUUACGAACAAAUUCUUCCAGAAGAGACAGUUCAUGUUGGGUUUUCGUCAUCAGCAAUCCACUGGCUAUCAGAGCCAUUAAGCGCUCCAGAUCAUAUUAUUCCUUCAGCUUUUGAGGACUCUGAAUUCCUUGCCUUAGCUUCAAUCUCUCCUCAUAAAAAAGCAUAA